AUGAAUAAAAAACAUACAUCACUACCACCACCAUUACCAACAUUUGUCCUUCGUUCUUUUUCAUCUGGAGUAACAUGUAUUAAAUAUGAUUUAACAGAUUCAUUACGUCUCUAUACAGGUGAACAACAAGGUACUGUUCAUUUAUACAAUCUUCGUAGUCGUCAACCAAUUCUUUCAUUAUCUAAUGCUCAUACAUCAACAAUACUUGGUUUAAGUCAAUUAAUUGAAAAUAACAAAUUAAUUACAUUUAGUAAAGAUGGUUUUGUAAAACUGUGGAAUGAAUCUGGUCAAUGUCAAUGGGAUUAUCAAACAAAUCAUUGUUCAUUUUCAAAUUGUGAUAUUAUAUCGCCAAAUCUUAUUGUUGUUCCAAUUGGUGGUGAUGACAAUUCAACAGUUGUAGCACUUGAUUCUCAAUGUUCAAAUCCUAUUAUUAAAAAGUUUAUUCCUAUAACAACAAAUAUUAAUCAUGGUAUGAUAAUGAAAUUACGUAUUUAUGAUAAUCGUUGGCUUUUUGUUGCAUACGAAUGUGGUUCAUUAAAUGUAUUUGAUGUAACAACAACAAAACAACUUGAUACAUAUCAAAUAACAUCUGACCAUGAACCUAUAACAGCCAUGGAUGUUAUUUGUAAUACAUGUUUAUGUGGUACAACAAAAUCAGAUUUAAUAUCACUUGAUUUUUCAUCAUUAAAAUUACAACCAACAUCAACAUUUCGUCAUAUAGAAAUGCCAAAUGCUGGUACAAGUUUUAUACGAUGUCGACCUGAUGAUGGAAAAUUAAUAGCAGUAGCUGGUUGGGAUUCAAGAAUAAGAUUAUUUCGAAGAGAAACUGGAAAACAACUAGCUAUGUUAGAUUUACAUCGACAACAAGUUAAUUCAAUUGAUUUUGAUUUUCAUACAAGACAAAUGGCAUGUGCAAGUGAAGACCGAACUAUAUUAUUUAUCUCAACAAGUAUUCAAUCUCCAUUAAGUCCAUCUGAAAUUGAACUUAUCACUCGUGUUCAUGCUUAUUUUUCAAAUAAUAAUCCAACGAAAUUCUUCUGCUUUUAUGAAAAUACAUCACCAUUUAACAAUUUUUAUUCAUGUAAUGUAAUUGAAAAUGGUAUUCAGUUCCAUUGUAGUGAACAAUAUAUGAUGUAUCAUAAAGCAAAGUUAUUUAAUGAUGAUGAUAUUGCCCGAAAAAUUCUCGAUGCUAAAAAGUCUGCUAAAUGUAAAGGUUUAGGAAGAAAAGUAAAAAGUUUCAAUGAACAAACAUGGAUGGAUAAUCGAACAAAGAUUGUUUCAGAUGGAAUUUAUCUUAAAAGUAAAUUUUCAUUUAUGCCAUGGAUUAAAAUAACACAAGCAGCUAUAGAUGUAUAG